AUGGCAGAAUAUUACAUGCUCUCACCCAGAAUCAACAGCAAUACCAACAUCAUCAAUGGUGGCGGCACUCCUCCUGGUGGUGUCAGUGUCAAUGUUGACUGCAAAACUGGAACCGAAGAAGGCUGUACCACCAACACAGGAACCAACACUCCUCCUGGCGGCAGCAGCACUCCUCCUGGUAGCAGCACCCCUCCUGGUGGUAUGACUCCUCCUGGCGGCAGCACCACUCCUCCUGGCGGCAGCACCACUCCUCCUGGUAGCAGCACCCCCCCUGGUGGUAUGACUCCUCCUGGCGGCAGCACCACUCCUCCUGGUGGCCCUAUUACCGAUUGUGACAAGGGUGAAAUGUGUCAACCUCCCACUGGCGGCAGCACCACUACUCCUGGCGGCAGCACUGAAUCAGACACCCCCGGCAGCAGCACCACUACUCCUGGUGGCAGCACUGAGUCCGAUACUCCUGGCAGCAGCACCACUACUCCCGGCGGCAGCACUGAGUCCGAUACUCCUGGCAGCAGCACCACUACUCCCGGCGGCAGCACUGAGUCCGAUACUCCCGGUGGCAGCUCUACUACUCCUGGUGGCAGCACUGAGUCGAACUCCCGCUCUACUACUCCUGGCGGCAGCACCGAGUCCAACACUCCCGGCAGCAGCACUACUACUCCUGGCGGUAGCACCGAGUCGAACACUCCUGGCGGCAGCACCACUACUCCUGGUGGAAGCACCGAGUCUGACACUCCUGGUGGUAGCACCACAACUCCUGAGGGCCCUAUUACCGAUUGUGACAAGGGUGAAAUGUGCCAACCUCCUACUGGCGGUAGCACCACCACUCCCGAGGGCCCUAUUACCGAUUGUGACAAGGGUGAAAUGUGCCAACCUCCCACUGGCGGCACCACUACUCCUGGCGGCAGCACUGAGUCUGACACUCCCGGUGGCAGCUCUACUACUCCUGGCAGCAGCACCACUACUCCCGGCGGCAGCACUGAGUCUGACACUCCCGGUGGCAGCUCUACUACUCCUGGUGGCAGCACUGAGUCUGACACUCCCGGUGGCAGCUCUACUACUCCUGGUGGCAGCACUGAGUCUGACACUCCCGGUGGCAGCUCUACUACUCCUGGCGGCAGCACUGAGUCCGAUACUCCCGGUGGCAGCUCUACUACUCCUGAGGGCCCUAUUACCGAUUGCGACAAGGGUGAAAUGUGCCAGCCUCCAACUGGCGGCACCACUACUCCUGGUGGUAGCACUGACUCCAACACUCCCGGCAGCAGCACCACUACUCCCGGCGGCAGUACCGAGUCUGAGACUCCCGGCAGCAGCACCACUACUCCUGGCGGCAGCACCGAGUCCAACACUCCCGGCAGCAGCACUACUACUCCUGGUGGCAGCACUGAGUCCAACACUCCCGGCAGCAGCACUACUACUCCUGGCGGCAGCACUGACUCGAACACCCCCGGCGGUAGCACCACCACUCCUGGCGGCAGCACUGACUCCAACACCCCCGGCGGUAGCACCACUACUCCUGGCGGUCCCAUUACCGAUUGCGAUAAGGGUGAAAUGUGCCAGCCUCCUACUGGUAGUACUCCUUCGGGCGGUAAUACUACUCCUGGUGGCAUUAGCAUCAACAACACUAACAAACAAACUGGUGGUAAUGUUAGCAUCCACAUCGGAGGAAACAAGGGAGGAAACAAGGGAGGCAGUAGCUCUUCUAGCUCCUCUUCCAGCUCCUCUUCCGCUUCUUCUGGUGGUUCUUCGUCUUCUUCUUCCUCGAGCAGCUCUUCGUCUUCGGGCGGCGGAUCCCCUCCAUGUGAGGAAUGCGAAAACCCACCUCCGUGUGAGGAAUGCGAAAACCCGCCUCCCGAGGAUUGCGAAGAGUAG